AUGCAAACACAAGAAUCACUCGAGAAUAGCGAAUACAUCUGGUUUAAGAGCGCCAAGCCACUGGACUAUUCUUUUAAAAGUUUAAAAACCGUUGGGGAAUUGAACGCCGGCGAAAAACCGCUCUCAGCUAGGGUACACGGUACGCCAACAAUAAACAGACAAACCAACCGCUACCAGACGGGAUCGCUUUGGCUUAACAAUAACAACCUCAUUCACGUCGACGGACUUAGGAAACUUGCGGAAAGGCUACUCGUAUCAGCAGACUAUUUGUCAUGGCUAGACCUGUCUAGCAAUAGGCUGAUGGCGGUAAACCCUGAGUUGUUAUUGUUCCCGAAUUUGACCGUGCUGUACAUGCACAACAACCGGAUUUCGGAUCUGGUGGAGGUAUAUAAGUUGCGCAGGUUGACCAAACUGUUAACGCUGACGUUCAGCGGAAAUCCGUUGGCAGCCAUGGCCGACUACCGGUCGACGGUGGUGCGCAUGUUGCCUCACAUUCGCAAGCUGGACAACUCGGUGGUGGUGCCGUCAGAGCGCGCGCCGUCCAGUCCUCCAAUAAGGAAGUGUGUCCUCGCCCGUCUGAUGGCUGAAUACCCGGACGACUUCGAUGCGCCACCGUGGAAAUCACCACCGGAUCCGCAAUCACCGCCACCGCCGUCGCUGGUCACCGCCGUCAGCAUGUCGAUGACGGACUAA